AUGCGAGUUUUGCCUGAAGAAACUGAGAUGGCUGAAUUUUUAUUAUCUAUUGGUAAUGGAACGCUAAACGAUAACGAUGAUUAUGUUGACAUGUCUGAAGAAUUGAUAGCCCCUGCCACUGCUGAUAUCGCUGAAGACAUCUCUGGAAAUCUCAUAAAAAAUAAUGAUUACGAAAAAUUAACUAAAGUAGCUAUUUUAUCACCUAGAAACUUAGAUGUAGAUGAUAUUAAUAAUAAAGUUGUAGAUUUGUUGGAUGCUUCUACUGAAAAUGUUUAUGAAAGUAUAGAUAGUACAGAAAACUGUGAUAAUGGUGAUAUUAACGCUGACAUAUUAGUAGAAUAUUUACACACAAUUAAUCCCCCCAAUUUUCCUCCCCAUAAGUUACGAUUAAGAUUAUAUAGUGUAGUAAUGCUUGUCAGGAACUUAAGUAUUAAUGAAGGACUAUGUAAUGGCACGCGAUUAUUAAUAAUAGAGUUUGGAACUACUUUAUUAAAAUGUAAAAUAUUAACCGGAGAUAAAAUGGGUGAAAUCGUAUUUAUCAAUCGUAUCACUCUCUACAUUGAUCACAAUAACGCUUUUACUUUUAAACGUAGACAAUUUCCGAUAAGAUUAGCCUUUGCAAUGACAAUAAAUAAAUCACAAGGGCAAACAUUUGAAAGUAUAGGCAUUGAUCUUCAUAAAGAUGUUUUUAACCAUGGGCAAUUAUAUGUAGCAAUGUCGCGAGUAAAAUCAAGAAGUGCAUUAAAAUUGUAUUUACACGAACCAAGAACUAAUAAUCGCGUGAAAAACUAUGUUUAUAAAGAAUUAUAUGGAAAUUAA